CCCUCCACUUGGCUGUUGAGCGGGGCAGUGCUGAGUGUGUGUCUGCCCUCAUACCCUCCAGUGACCUUAACGUCAAGGACAAGGAUGGCCUCACACCCCUCCACUUUGCUGCUAUGGGGGGCAGUGCUGAGUGUGUGUCUGCCCUCAUACCCUCCAGUGACCUUAACGCCAAGGACAAGGAUGGCCUCACACCCCUCCACUUUGCUGCUAUGGGGGGCAGUGCUGAGUGUGUGUCUGCCCUCAUACCCUCCAGUGACCUUAACGCCAAGGACAGGUAUGGCCGCACACCCCUCCACUUGGCUGCUAUACGGGGCAGUGCUGAGUGUGUGUCUGCCCUCAUACCCUCCAGUGACCUUAACGCCAAGGACAAGAAUGGCCGCACACCCCUCCACUUGGCUGCUAUGGGGGGCAGUGCUGAGUGUGUGUCUGCCCUCAUACCCUCCAGUGACCUUAACGCCAAGGACAAGGAUGGCCGCACACCCCUCCACUUGGCUGCUAUGCGGGGCAGUGCUGAGUGUGUGUCUGCCCUCAUACCCUCCAGUGACCUUAACGCCAAGAACAAGGUUGGCCGCACACCCCUCCACUUGGCUGCUGAGUGGGGCAGUGCUGAGUGUGUGUCUGCCCUCAUACCCUCCAGUGACCUUAACGCCAAGGACAGGUAUGGCUCCACACCCCUCCACUUGGCUGUUAUGCAGGGCAGUGCUGAGUGUGUGUCUGCCCUCAUACCCUCCAGUGACCUUAAUGCCCAGGAUGAGAAUGGCCGCACACCCCUCCACUUGGCUGCGGAGGAAGGGCAUCUGAAGGUGGUCCGGCGGCUGACGAAGAAGGACGUGAAGGCCCUCACCAUCAGGGACAAAAGAGGAAAAACCCCUCUGGACGUGGCCACGAUGCGCGGCAACACUGAGGUGGAGGAAUGGCUGGGGAACAGGAGCGGCGCGGUGCACCUGGACGCCGCCCGCUGCCUGCACCUCAUGGAGCUCAUACACAGCGUAAAGGAAGGAGACGGGGUCAGAGACACGGUGCUCCUCUAUCGGGAGGAGACCCCCAAAGGUGACCGUCCCCGUUGCCACAGGUGA